AUGGCACGCGGACAGAACUCUACCCAGCAGGCCGACCAGAACGGCGACAAUGCCGGCAAGGACAAGUCGGGCAACCCCAUGCGCGAGCUCCGCAUCUCCAAGCUCGUCCUGAACAUCUCGGUCGGUGAGUCUGGUGACAGACUUACUCGUGCCGCCAAGGUUCUCGAGCAGCUGUCUGGUCAGACCNCCGUCUACUCCAAGGCCCGCUACACUGUCCGUACCUUCGGUAUCCGCCGUAACGAGAAGAUCGCCGUCCACGUCACCGUCCGUGGCCCCAAGGCCGAGGAGAUCAUCGAGCGUGGUCUCAAGGUCAAGGAGUACGAGCUCCGCAAGCGCAACUUCUCCGAGACCGGCAACUUCGGCUUCGGUAUCAACGAGCACAUCGAUCUCGGUAUCAAGUACGACCCCGGUAUUGGUAUCUACGGGNAGCGCCCCGGUGAGCGUGUCGCUCGUCGCCGCCGCUGCAAGACCAAGGUUGGUGCCUCUCACCGCAUCAACCAGGCCGAGACCGUCAAGUGGUUCAAGAACAGAUUCGAGGGCAUUGUCCGAUAA